AUGUCCCAAAAAGUCACCGACGUCCCUCUGGAAUUUGUUAAGGAAGGUUCCAAAUUCAUCUCUAAAUGUACUAAACCCUCUCAGAAGGAGUACUUAAAGAUAGUAAGAGCUGUUGGAGUUGGGUUUUUAAUGAUGGGCGUGGUUGGUUACGUUGUCAAGCUCAUUCAUAUUCCAAUCAGAUAUUUGAUUGUUUAA